AGCGCAGGGCCCCUGUAGGGAGCGAGGUGUGGGAGGGGACAGUUUCCGGAUCCAAGGAGUGAUCGCCCUGCCUGGGUUCCUGGCCAUGCUCGCCUGGAGGCUGGGCCGAGGUGCGGAAGCGAAGUAGGCUCGAGGUCUUGCUCUCAGGGACCCAAGGUUUGGGAUCCUGAGCUCGGUGUUCUUCGUUCUCCGCCCCUCAUUCCACUCCCUUUCCGGAACCCAGGCCUUCCGUCUUCCUGCUCACUCCCCACCCCCCUAUCUUAGCCGCCCAGAGCUCCCUUGUGCCCCUCUGUUCUCUUCCUUCCCCACCACCAAGAAAACAGCAACAACAAAAAAACCUUAGUUCUCCUGAAUUCUGAUUUUUAGCCUACUAAUCUAGUACUGUUCCAUCCACCCAGGGAUAUCAGCCCAGGUAAAGUCCAUGGAGAGGACUGCUGGGAGAAGGAAAUAACUCCAGGAUAUGGCCCAGACCCCUGGAACUGGGAAGCAGGGGUACAGGGGGUGGUGAGGGCUCAGCACUCCAUCCCGCUUCCCCUAGCUUGCUCUUUGUUCUACAAACAUUCCCUAGAGGAGCCCUUUGGGUGGCAUGCCCUGAGGGACUGAAAGGGACAUUGGUCACCUGGUGUCUGGCCUGGAGGCACCUUAAAAGGAAGAAAAGUUAAGAGAAGAAUGUCAGGGGCCCAAAAUGCUGGCUGGCUGAAAAGAGAAUGGUGGAAUUUGGACAUCUCAGUCCCAUGUGUGGCAUUAGACAUACGCAAUGCGGAGAAGGAUACCCCUGGGCACAGGACUGGAGCUGGAGGCCGAUGCGAUUCAUGCUGCUAUUCAGCCGGCAGGGAAAACUGCGGCUGCAAAAAUGGUACCUGGCUACUUCAGACAAGGAGCGAAAGAAGAUGGUUCGGGAGCUGAUGCAGGUUGUUCUGGCUCGCAAGCCCAAGAUGUGCAGCUUCCUGGAGUGGAGGGACCUCAAGGUUGUCUAUAAGAGAUACGCCAGUCUCUACUUCUGCUGCGCCAUCGAGGGCCAGGACAAUGAGCUCAUCACGCUGGAGUUGAUCCACCGAUAUGUGGAGCUCUUGGACAAAUACUUUGGCAGUGUGUGUGAGCUGGACAUCAUCUUCAACUUUGAGAAGGCCUACUUCAUCUUGGAUGAGUUUUUGAUGGGGGGGGAUGUCCAGGACACCUCCAAGAAGAGUGUGCUGAAGGCCAUCGAGCAGGCAGACCUGCUGCAGGAGGAGGAUGAGUCGCCACGCAGUGUGCUGGAGGAGAUGGGUCUGGCAUAGUCCGGCCGCCCGGCUGGGCGUGGAGCUGGGAGCUGGUGGGGAGCAGGGCGUGAGUGGCUGCUUCUCGUCUCGCCCAGGGCCCUUUUCUCUGUGGGACCCGGCUGCUCCUCUGCUGCCUCACCUUCCUCUGGAGUGAGCUGUGGGCUCCGCUGGCCCUAGAAACAUUCCCUCCUGCCACCCCUACCUCCUGUUUCCCCUUUGCCAGUGAAGGUUCUAGGAACUAGGAGACAGGAAAAUGUGACCAAGACAGGGGUGCUAUUUGGCUUUCAUUCCCUGCCUUUGAAGAACCAAUGUUCCCCCUGAUGUCCUCCCCUCCCUAUAACUGUAAAUAUAUAAAUACGUCAGGUUAAAGGGAAAAGGUUUUCAGGGCUCUUCUCUUCCCUGUGCCCAUGACCUACCUCCACCCUUCCCCAUCCAGCCAGGCCAGCUCCUCUGCCUGGGAGGGGGUUCCCUGUAGUGAGAGGGAAGGCCUUUGCCCUCCCCUGCCCACUCCUCCUCCUUGGCUGUAGUGGAGCCUCUGUCCAGUGCCAGGGGAGGAACAACAUAGUUAAUUUUUUUCUAACCUUGCCACUUUGAGGUAAUGAAGGGUUGGGAGAGGGGCGGGCUUGGUGGGAGCUGGCCCUGUCCCUCCUUCACUCCAGUUCUGGGCGAGGCAGGACCUGGGGGAGGGCGGAGGUAUGUGUGUCUGCCUUUAUUUCCUUUCUUCUGAAAUAAAAGGAAAAGCAUUUCUGGAC